CGUCUGCGCGCGCGCGCGCGCGGGUGCGAACGGGAAACGCCGCGAGGGCCAGGCCGGGCGGUGGAGACGACGGACGGUGACCAUGGCCGCGGCAGCGGGCGGUGGUCCGGGAGCGGCAGCAGGCGCCGUGGGUGCAGGGGGUGCGGCGGCGGCCUCGGGCCUGGCCGUGUACCGGCGGAAGGACGGGGGCCCUGCCAGCAAGUUUUGGGAGAGCCCGGAUACGGUGUCCCAGCUGGAUUCGGUGCGAGUCUGGCUGGGCAAGCACUACAAGAAGUAUGUUCAUGCAGAUGCUCCUACCAAUAAAGCGCUGGCUGGACUGGUGGUACAGCUUCUUCAGUUCCAAGAAGAUGCCUUUGGGAAGCAUGUCACCAACCCGGCUUUCACCAAACUACCUGCAAAAUGUUUUAUGGAUUUCAAAGCUGGAGGCACCUUGUGUCACAUUCUUGGGGCUGCUUACAAGUACAAAAAUGAACAGGGGUGGCGCAGAUUUGAUCUUCAGAAUCCAUCCCGAAUGGAUCGUAAUGUUGAAAUGUUCAUGAACAUUGAAAAAACGUUGGUACAAAACAAUUGUCUGACUAGACCCAACAUCUACCUCAUUCCGGACAUUGAUUUGAAGUUGGCUAAUAAAUUGAAAGAUAUCAUCAAACGGCACCAGGGGACAUUUACUGAUGAAAAGUCAAAAGCUUCCCACCAUAUUUAUCCAUGUCCUUCCUCACAAGAGGAUGAAGAUUGGUUGAGACCAGUGAUGAGAAAAGACAAGCAGGUGUUAGUACACUGGGGCUUUUACCCAGACAGCUAUGACACUUGGGUCCACUGUAAUGAUGUUGAUGCUGAAAUUGAAGAUCCACCAAUUCCAGAAAAGCCAUGGAAGGUUCAUGUAAAAUGGAUUUUGGACACUGACGUUUUCAAUGAGUGGAUGAAUGAAGAGGACUAUGAAGUGGACGAGAACAGGAAGCCAGUGAGUUUUCGUCAGCGAAUUUCAACAAAGAAUGAAGAGCCAGUCAGAAGUCCAGAGAGGAGGGAUCGAAAAGCAUCAGCUAAUGCCCGAAAGAGAAAACAUUCCCCCUCCCCUCCUCCUCCCACACCCACAGAAUCCCGGAAGAAGAGUGGGAAAAAAGGACAAGCUAGCCUUUAUGGGAAGCGUAGAAGUCAGAAAGAAGAUGAUGAACAAGAAGAUCUUACCAAGGACAUGGAAGACCCAACACCUGUACCAAAUAUAGAAGAAGUGGUGCUCCCUAAGAACGUAAACCCAAAGAAAGACAGUGAAAACACACCUGUUAAAGGAGGCACAGUGGCGGAUCUAGAUGAGCAGGAUGAAGAAGCAGUUACAACAGGAGGAAAGGAAGAUGAGGAUCCUAGCAAAGGUGAUCCUAGUCGGUCUGUUGACCCAGGUGAAGAUAACGUGACAGAACAGACCAAUCACAUCAUUAUUCCCAGCUAUGCAUCCUGGUUUGAUUAUAACUGUAUUCAUGUGAUUGAACGGCGUGCUCUUCCUGAGUUUUUUAAUGGGAAAAACAAAUCCAAGACUCCAGAAAUAUAUUUGGCAUAUCGAAAUUUUAUGAUUGACACAUACCGUCUAAACCCCCAAGAAUAUUUAACCAGUACUGCUUGUCGGAGAAACCUGACCGGAGAUGUGUGUGCUGUGAUGAGGGUUCAUGCCUUCUUAGAGCAGUGGGGUCUUGUUAACUACCAAGUUGAUCCUGAAAGUCGACCCAUGGCAAUGGGCCCUCCGCCUACUCCUCAUUUCAAUGUGUUGGCUGACACGCCUUCAGGGCUUGUUCCUUUGCAUCUUCGGUCACCUCAGGUCCCUGCUGCUCAACAGAUGUUAAACUUUCCCGAGAAGAACAAGGAAAAACCAAUUGAUUUGCAGAACUUUGGUCUUCGAACUGACAUUUACUCCAAGAAAACACUGGCAAAGAGCAAAGGUGCUAGUGCCGGAAGGGAGUGGACCGAGCAGGAGACUCUCCUUCUCCUGGAGGCCCUGGAGAUGUACAAGGAUGAUUGGAAUAAAGUCUCAGAACAUGUUGGAAGUCGUACUCAGGAUGAAUGCAUCCUCCAUUUUUUGAGGCUUCCCAUUGAGGACCCAUACCUUGAAAAUUCAGAUGCUUCCCUUGGGCCGCUAGCUUACCAGCCUGUCCCUUUCAGCCAGUCAGGGAACCCAGUGAUGAGUACUGUUGCUUUUUUAGCAUCUGUAGUUGACCCCCGUGUGGCCUCUGCUGCAGCAAAAGCAGCUUUGGAGGAGUUUUCUCGGGUCCGAGAAGAAGUACCACUGGAAUUAGUUGAAGCACAUGUCAAAAAGGUACAAGAGGCCGCAAGAGCCUCUGGGAAGGUGGACCCCACCUAUGGCUUGGAAAGCAGCUGUAUUGCAGGCACAGGUCCUGAUGAGCCAGAGAAGCUUGAAGGGUCUGAAGAAGAAAAGAUGGAAACAGAUUCCGAUGGUCAGCAGCUUGAAAAGGCUGAAAACAAAGUGGAAAAUGAAUCGGAUGAAGGUGAUAAAAUCCAGGAUGGAGAAAAUGAAAAAAGCAGUGAGAAGGAACAAGAUAGUGAAGUUAGUGAGGAUAUCAAACCAGAAGAAAAGGAGAAUGACGAGACCAAGGAACUCACUGAUCCGUGUAAAGAAAGAGAAAGCGAUACUGGGAAGAAGAAAGUGGAACACGAGAUUUCUGAGGGAAAUGUGGCCACAGCCGCAGCAGCUGCUCUCGCCUCAGCUGCUACCAAAGCCAAGCACCUGGCUGCUGUUGAAGAGAGAAAAAUCAAGUCCCUGGUGGCUCUCCUGGUAGAGACACAGAUGAAGAAACUAGAGAUCAAACUUCGACAUUUUGAAGAGCUGGAGACUAUUAUGGACAGAGAGAAAGAGGCUCUAGAACAGCAGAGACAGCAGUUGCUUACUGAGCGCCAGAACUUCCACAUGGAACAGUUGAAAUACGCUGAGCUCCGGGCUCGCCAACAGAUGGAACAGCAGCAUGGCCAGAACCCUCAGCAAGCACACCAGCACUCAGGAGGGCCUGGUCUGGCCCCGCUCGGAGCAGCAGGGCACCCUGGCAUGAUGCCUCAUCAGCAGCCCCCACCCUACCCUCUGAUGCACCAUCAGAUGCCGCCACCACACCCUCCCCAGCCAGGUCAGAUACCAGGCCCUGGCUCCAUGAUGCCUGGGCAGCCCAUGCCAGGCCGCAUGAUUCCUACUGUGGCAGCCAACAUCCAUCCUACCGGGAGUGGCCCCGCCCCUCCCGGCAUGCCUCCAAUGCCCGGAAACAUCUUAGGACCCAGGGUACCCCUCACAGCACCAAACGGCAUGUAUCCUCCUCCACCACAGCAGCAGCCGCCGCCUCCAUCUGCAGACGGGGUCCCUCCACCUCCUGCUCCAGGCCCACCAACCUCAGCCACUCCUUAGCCUUGAAGAUGCAGGAGCCUCCACACCCACCACAAGCUGAAAUGGGGACGGCAAGACUUGUGUCUCAGCUUCGUUGGUUUUCUUUUGGGAUUUAUUUUUUCCUUAGAGCCCCAAGCAUGAGUCCCAAGUCUCUCCACUCCCUGAUACUUCUCAUGUCAGGUCCUUAGCUGACACAGUGGGAAGUGUGGUGACUCGUGUUUUCUGGUUAUUUGAAAAGUAACCCGUGUGUCCCCUGUCCCAGGGUGGCAGGUGUUGGCAGUUGAUCUGCAGGUCCUGUUGGCAUUAGUAUUCUCUGUCUCUUUUUGUUUCGUCUGUGCUUCAGUGGAUAAUUCUCUAUAAUUACUAUCCUUUCUUCCCUGUUGUUUUUAAGGAGAGCAUCCUCAGUUAAUAGAAACCAAAAAAGUGGUGAUGGGCAGGAGACAGCCACAGACGGACACACCUUAAGGCAUUAAAGUGACCUUAUUUCUCCAUAUCUGAGCAUGCUGGUGAGGUCCCUGAGGCUUUCACCAGAUGUAAAUGCACCCGGCUGAGAGGAGCUGGGGAAGAAGGAGGUGUCCUGUUGAUUUCAUUCCCCAGUGAGGACUGUGGAGGACUGCACUCUGUCUGGAAGAACACACCACUGUGUCUAGUAGCAGAGAAGGGUAGUGUGAGCUUUAAAGACUGGAAUUUGGGGGGCAUCCCCUAGAUUUUCCCAGACUUGACACGAAAGUUCUCGGGUUUAGGGCCCUCCUACACUUUAGGAGCUGCCCAACCCCUCACAUUCUCUCACCUCUCCACUCCACAUGAGCUGAACUUUAUAUGUGCUUUUUUAAACCUUCCUCUUAUAAGAAAGGAAAGGAAGAAAAUAAAAACUUUAUUAAAAUAGAUAAGUAGGUUGUGCUAAAUGUUUUAUCUCAUGAACUUGGUUAAGUGGCUGGGGGUCCAUGUCCCUAAACUACCUCUUGCUGUAGCCAGGGUGAGUGGGAUUUCUUGAAGCGGUACUUAGGUUCAGAAUGGCAGUGAGAAAGUGGGGCGCACUCAGCAGCCUCCUGUACCUCCUUUUUCUGAGCCCUCACAUUCCAUCAUCUUGUGCUGAGGGCACAAGGACCUCAUUUGGCGCCGAAGCAUUAGGCUUUAAGAUUUGGGAUGCUCACACUGGGAGGGUAGGGUACCAGUCCUGAGGAAGAGCCACAAAAAUGCCUUAAUUUGAGCCUGUAUCUGCCCCUGCUGAUGAGUGAUUUGAUAGUUAUGGUUUUAUCGGCUUGUCCUUUCCUCCCUUCUGUCCUUCCGUGAGUAGCAAGAGGGUGUUUUUGGCAGAGCUUCCCUUUAAGUGACAGUUUCAUUACUGAGAGUGCAAGGUAGAACAUCUUACGAAUGUCUUUUCCUCCUGUGUGUGUGUUCUAAAGCUUUUCAUAUGAGAGGGUGUACACAGUGUAACACCUUAGAACCCUUCAUGUCAGAACACAGAAAUCCACAGUUGAGAUUUGCCUUUGAGACCCUCAGGUUUGCCUCUACCAGGUGGCCCUGACCACCAUCCGAGUUCUGGGGUACUAGAGCUAAGGAAACCUUACUUCUUUCUGUGUGCACUCUAGACUCUUGGAGUAGAGAAAGGGAACUGAGCUUGUUCCUUGGGAGGUUACUUUAACUCCUUUGCCUCCAGGGAAACCCCAGUGCCUUUUGACGGUGGCCAGGUUUCCUACUUCCCUCCUUUCUGUCCCAAAGGAAGCUCACUCCAAUGCUUGCCUUUCCCCUGGAGUCCUAGAAAGAGAAUGGGAUUCUGGUUCACACUGUGGUCCUUUCUAACCUCAGGUCUGUUAUGUGAUCACUUUCCAGUUUGAAAGAUGCAAGUGGAGAUAUUUUUGCAGUGCUUGUAACCUACAAAACCUGAGUUCAACACAGCUCUUUCCAUGUCUGUCAGGCGGGUUCAUUUCUGUAAUAACACCCAUCCAAUAUUAUGAGGGGCGGGCUGGGAUGCUGUAUAGCUUUUGUACAAAUGUAUCUCUCAGUGUGGGUUUGUUUUUGGUUUUUUGUUUUGUUGGUUUUUUUUUUUUUUUUCUUGUUUUGUUUCUAAAUGAGGGAAGGGAGUUUUGAGAGUUUGGGAGGAAAUGAAUGAAAGUGACUUUAAUUUUCCUCUUUUUUUUCAUUGAAUAAAUGAUAUACCAUUUAUGAAUUCUA